AUGUUCUCCCGCGCCACCGCGGUGCCACGAGCCUUCGCUCUACCCAUCUCGCAGAGUCUCCGAAGGGCACCAGCAACCAGCACCAGCAUCAGCAGCAGUAUCCAACAAGGCCUUUUCCUCCGCAGCACGUCCGCCGCCCCCCGCCCCAUCACCUCCAUCGCCUCGAGCAGCCACGAAACGCAACCCCCCAGCACCACCACACCACCCCCCAGCACAUCGACCUCCCCGGUGCUCCCAAUCGAAACACAAACCCACGCGGACCCUCGCAGCAAGAAACCCUGGCCGCCGAAAUUCACCGAGCCCUUGAAGAUCAGCAAGUCGUUGUUCGAGCAGCUGCCGUACCUGACAUCGCAGCGACCGCACUACGUGACCGCCCAUCUGCACGACCGGCCCUACCUCCUCACGGAGGGCGAUCAGCUGCGUCUCCCGUUCUUGAUGCCGAAGGUCAAGCCCGGCGAUGUGCUGCGGUUCAACCGCGCGAGUGUGCUGGGUUCGCGUGAGUUUACGAUGCGUGGCGCGCCGUACCUCGAUGAACGGCUGUUUGAGUGUCGGAUGCGUGUGAUGGGGACGGAGUCGGAGCCGUUGCGGAUCAAGGAGAAGACGAAGAGGAGGCAGAGACAUAUUCGUCGGGUGAAGAGCAAGCAUCGGUAUACCAUUCUGAAGGUCAUGGAUGUGAAGGUCAAGACGGCCGAUGAGUUGUUGGCAGAGGGAGCGGUUGUUGUGGAGGAUGCCGAGAUGGCUCAGAAGAAGUGA